AUGGCUGUUUUUAGUAUUUCUGUUCAACCUACAGCCUCAGGUUAUCUCUUAUCUCAAUCAAAAUAUGCCAAAGAUAUUUUCCUUAAAGCUGGACUAUUCUCUUGUAAGCCUUGCCCCUCUAUUGUUUCUGUCAAGCCUAGAAAUCCUUCUAAUGCUUCACUUCCAUUUCACAAUCCUACUAUUUACAACAGCAUUGUUGGGGCAUUGCAAUACCUAACAAUUGCUCGACCUGAUAUCUCUCUAGCUGUCAAUCAAGCUUGUCAAUAUAUGCAUUCUCCUAUAGUGGGCCAUUUGGUUGCAGUCAAGAGAAUUCUCAUAUUUGUUCACGGCACCUUUACUCAUGGCUUGACUUUUACUCAUAGUACUUUUGAUGUUCAUGGGUAUUCGGAUUCCAACUGGCAAGGAACUAUGUCUCGAUCAUCUAUUGAGGCUGAGUAUAGAGCCUUAGCUCAUGCUGCUGCAGAAUUGAGUUUGAUUUCUAUGCUUCUCACUGAAAUGGGCAUUUCUUUACCUACUACACCCAUCCUCUAG